AUGCUCUUCACAUUAAUUCUAUUUUUGGGAGCAAUCACCUGUGGACUGGCUGCCGUUUUGGAGCCACUAAACUACUACCAGUACACCCAGUUCCAGGCUCCGCUAUCCUGGGAAACCAUCGCCGGCAAUGGCCUCAAGUUGGCUCUGUCCAGUUGCCAGGAAAGCUUUCAGUGGCAAAGGUGGAACUGCCCUGUCGCGGAUUUCAUCAAACGACAGACCAUUCCCGUAAGCGACACACCAAACCGAGAGGAUGUCUACGUGGCGGCCAUCUCCAUGGCAGCCACUAUCCAUACGUUGACCAAGGAUUGUGCCAAUGGCGUCAUCGCCGGAUGCGGAUGCACUGGAAAUGCCUUGGGCGUGCCCUGUGCCCAUGAGCCCGAGAAGGCACUGGAACUCUACGAAAAGCGCGUUGGACCAGGAUCAGGAGCUGCCGGCCACAACCAAAUGGUAGUGGGAGCUCUUCUCAAGCAGUCUCUGGAGCAGGAGUGCCGCUGCAAGCAACCAGGACCAGUGGCAGGCGAAUGCCUGGAGGAGGAAUGCGUGGCCGUGCUGAAACCCUUCGAGCUCGUGGCCCAGGAACUACUUCAAAUGUACGACGAUGCCAUCCAACUAGACGCCACCAACAGCAACCUGAAAAUCAUCUGGGAGAACAUCCCCCUCGACUCGCUCGUCUUCAUGCAGGAUUCGCCAAACUACUGUGAACCGGAGGCCUCUGGCCGAUGGAAGGGCACCCGCGGACGUCAGUGCUCCAAGAGCGGCAGUGGUUCCCUCGAGGAGCGUCUCUCCUGCCAACAGUUGUGCCGAGUCUGCGGCUACCGGGUCCGCUCGCAGGUCGUCAAAACCGAGCGUCGGUGCAAUUGCAAACUGGUCUGGGGAUUCCGUCUCCAGUGUGACGUAUGCGUCCAGCAUGAAAGACAAUACUCCUGUUACUAAAAGUAGCUCUAGUCUAUGAUGGAGAACAGGACUGGGGCGCUGGUCGAGCCUCACAGAGAAAUUUUACUAAGGAUUAAGUUAAUUUAUUUGUUCCAACCCUUUA